UCUCUGCGCCUUCUGCGAUGUUGAAUGCGUGAGCGUAUGGACUUUCUUCUCGGGCUAGCUGCCUUUUGCUGAUGGGAGCACCUGAGCGCGGCAGUUUGGACAUUUUGAAGUAUUAGUUUACGCUGUUGGCGCGUUUAGUGAAGUCGCGGCGCCUGGGAAUGAGUGGUCGUAUUAAGUUAUCAUUUGUGCUGGUAGCCGGAAUGCUGCUUUUGGGCAGAGUUAGUUCCGCGCUUGCAUCUGUUAGUUUGUACGAUAAUUCCAUGCCGCUUCAGGUCCUCAACACAACGAACUUCGAUAAGGUAAUCCUCAGAAAGGAGAAUGCUUGGCUUGUACAAUUCUACAAUCACUGGUGUGGCCACUGCAUCAAAUUCUCCCCGAUAUUUAGGGCAUUUGCCUACGACAUUGCAGGUUGGAAGCCUGUAUUAAGCCUUGCAGUCAUUGACUGUGUAGAGAAUAUGCAGACAUGCCGCACAUACGGCAUCAGUUCUUAUCCUACUAUCAAAUUUUUUCAAGCACGCUCAACUUUUCAAGAUCGAGGUGUUGAAGUAGAAACUCACCACCAUCCAGAACAGUUACGACACCAGGCUGUUGACCUUGUGGGUAGCAAUGAUGCCUAUCGAGGGGAGCGGCCUAGAGGCUGGCCUUUCCUUGGUGCCUUUCAGGGGGAAAAAACUACGGAAGGGCUAUGGGCGCACGUACCAGCAAAUAUAGACGUCCAAAUUCUUGUUGUGGAACUUAACACUUCAUAUGUUGGAAAAGAGGUAAUCUUGGAUCUGUCAUCAAGGCAGUCCUCUAUUUAUGUGCAACGUCUAGUGGUCUCCUCAGACAGAGCCUGGCUGUCGUCCUUGUUUCCUGAGGAGACAAGUGUUUCCAGCAUUUACUGGGCGGACCUGUAUAUCCUACACCGUAAUGGCAGCUCAACUAGGCUACUCAGGGUGAAAGAAGAAGGUCGUUCGCGAGAGCAUGUGCUGACGGUUUUGGAACCUUACAUGAAAGAAAUGAGUGUGAGUACUACAACAACAAUUUCCAGUACAACAUCACCAGAGGAGAGCAAGGUCGCCGAUACGAGCAAGGUGUACCUGGCUGACCUAAAUAAUGCACUGGUCUACUCCUUGCGCCAAGAAGUGGCUGGCCAUGAACAUCUCAAUCAAACUGAACUUGCCGCUCUGGUGCACUUUGUUGAUGUCCUGGUUAAGUAUUUUCCAGGAGGUGACCCCACAAUGUUGGUACUGCAAGACUUGCAUGCCUUUCUGACAUCAGCUGGGACAGAUUCUUUACAGGGAGAACAGGUGUCAGCUUUUCUUAACAAACAGGUGCAUCUACCUGUUAUGGGGCCCUAUGAAGGCUGCCAAGGCAGCCAGCCACGAUUACGAGGUUACCCUUGUGCUCUAUGGAUGCUUUUCCACACCCUGACUGUUAGUGCCUACCUCAAGUCUGGAGGCUACCCACUUGGUAGAGACAGAGCCGGUGCUGAUGUCCUCCAGGCAGUCAGGGGCUACGUGAGCAAUUUUUUUUCCUGCCGCUACUGUGCUACCCACUUUAGCACGAUGGCAAAGAAUUUGGACUCUGAGGUGCAAACCUCACAUGAUGCUGUGCUCUGGCUGUGGCGAGCACACAACAAAGUUAAUGCACGGCUGGCUGGGGACAUCUCAGAGGACCCGCUACACCCAAAGCAGCCCUUUCCUCCACGUACACUGUGCAGCGACUGCCACGAGGGCACCCAGUGGAAUGAGGAGCGAUCACUCAACUUCCUGCUGCACUUCUAUGCAUCUCAUGGCCGAGUGCCAGUCGGAAGCCCUACCUCCGACAGGCCGGACCUUGCGUUGGUGGGUGUGAAGAGCAGCGGUACUCGGGCCUGGUGGCCCUUCCUAUUAUUAUUUUUGGCAGUGGUCUUCGCAGCAUUUUAGCAUUGCACAGUGUUCUUGCCUUUCAAGGAACUCCCUGAUAUCCUAUUUUAGCCAAGAUGAACAACGGGUUACAUACGCAUAAUCAGAAUGCCAAAGCACGAGACAGGUGUGAUAGCUGCUGUAGUUUGAAAAUGGACGUUCUCGGGUGGCACGUCAUGCGCGUAUAUAUACAAAACCAGAACUUUAGUGUACGCAUGUUGUAGCGCACUUUGUACCUAUGAUUUCGCUUUGCUUGUUAUGGAAAAAGUAGCAUUAUUUUGUAUCA